AUGGUUGUGAAUUCUACUACAACAACGAAUAUAGAAUCAAAUUUAUCAUUUUCUGUUGAAAAAAUAAUAACACGUGUUUUGUCAGUUGCUAAAGAGGGUCAGAUUCUUGAGGAGAUUGUUAGUUUAGAUGAAAUCAGAGAAUUAGUAGAUAGGACAAAACAAAUAUUUAUGAAACAACCAGUUUGUCUAGAAAUUCAGGCUCCAGUAACUAUAUGUGGUGAUGUACAUGGUCAAUUUCAUGAUUUAUUAAGACUAUUUCAUCAAGGUGGUUUUCCAAAUAAAACAAAUUAUCUUUUUCUUGGUGAUUAUGUUGAUAGAGGAAAACAAAGUUUGGAAACUAUAAUUUUUUUAAUGUGUUAUAAGAUUCUUUUUCCAAAUAAUUUUUUUCUUCUUCGUGGAAAUCAUGAAUGUUAUAAAGUUAAUCGUCAUUAUGGAUUUUAUGAUGAAAUAUCAAGAAAAUAUCAAUGUAUGGAGUUGUUUGAAGCUUUUGGAUCAAUGUUUGAACGUAUGCCUAUUUCUGCAAUUGUUGGUGAUAAGAUUCUUUGUAUGCAUGGAGGAUUAUCACCAGAUUUAAAAAAUAGAGAAUGUCUAAUGAAAAUUAAAAGACCUGUUUGUCCAUAUAAUAAUAGUUUUGUUUGUGACUUACUUUGGUCUGAUCCAGAUCCACUUACUAAAGGUUUCUCUUCCAGCAUACGAGGUGUUUCUUAUUUUUUUGGAGCUGAUGUUGUAAAUAAGAUAUGUGAAGAUCUUAAAGUAGAUUUAAUUUGCCGUGGACAUCAAGUAGUUCAAGAUGGUUAUGAAUUUUUUGCUGAUCGUAAAAUGGUAACAAUCUUCUCUGCACCACAUUAUUGUGGUCAAUACGCAAAUAGUGGAGCAUACAUGACAGUUACUAGUGAAUUAGCAUGCUCUUUUACUAUUUUAAAACCUUUCAUUUAUAAAAAAAAUAUUUCCAGUCAAAUAAUUAAAAAAUAA